CACUACACUACAGCGAAAAGGCCGCAUUGGCACCGCGAGUUUGUGCAAUCGUAUCGUGCAAUAGCGUGCAAGAGACCGCCGUCGGAUUUUGGUCGCGUCUUUGCGCACUGGCGACGACGCACUCCGAACCAGGAAGUCGGUUUAUUUACGUGUUGUUUUUUUUUUGUUUUGUUUUCUCAUUGGACUUGAAGGAAAGUACCAGCAAAGACAACGGAAGGGGAGAAAGAGUGAGGUCAGCGGCGUAGCAUGACUCAACCCCGGGGAUGCAUGCAAUCAUCGCAGAGUCUCUUAUUGGGAGAUACACCGCUACGGAACGCAAACAUUCUCCGCUUUCCGUGCCUCUCCGUGCGGCUGACAACUUCCAGCACGACCGUGGGAUUCACAGAUGCAUAAAGAACUCAACUCUACAGCGAAGUCAGCUUGAAGAAGAGGAGUUUCUACAGUGAAUGUUUGAAAACCGUCCCCAGUAUUUGACCUUAAAUGUAGUCUUUUCGGUUCUUUUUGGAUGGUCGGUUGAAAUCUCUCCUUUGCUUCUUGAUGCCCGUCAUGAAUGUGCCCGCCCCGCAAAAACCAGGCGCCAAACGAACCGGAAAACGCAUCACAUUUUUCAGCGAACAAGCAAUGAAGGAGGCAUCCCAGCAGCAGGACUUCUACCUCCAGUCCGGCAACGCUGUGGACCCCGGGCAAAGCGAAGCGGCGAGUACGGUGACUUCUAACACGGACGGGCACCAUAAUAUGUAUUUAAACUCUGUUAUUUUUAGCCCGGAUAAAGGAGAUCAGAGCCGAGGAGGGCACUACCAACAGACUGUGCCAAUGAAGUGGUCGCAACAAGAAGCAGUGCAGCAGCAGCAGAGCCAGCAAAGGCAAGCUGCUUGGACUAACAGCAUGACAAACUGGGCACCAAAUUAUGGAAACUUUAUGGGAGAUACGAGGAGCCAGGCUGGGUUUGGGAAGUCGGUGCAAGAACCGCAGCCCCAGCAGCCGAACGCCACUUCCGCUCAGCCCCCUUCCCAAACGUUUCAGGACACUUUAAAACCGGGAACUCUUAGCCAACAGCCACACAGCAACGCAAGCAGCAGUAGCUCCGUUUUGCAGCCUUUUCAGUUGGCAUUCGGACAGCCAAAAACGCAGCAUCUGACGUCAUAUUACCACGCGUUUCAGCCUAAUCGGACUACUUCAGCUCUCCCCAAUCCUCCUAGUUAUCAGGGUAAAGCGCAUAAUGUUUUACCACACAAUCCAAUGCAAAUGAUACAAAGCCAGGGUUCCACGCAGCAACAAUUGGUCCACGAACAAAGGCUGAACUUGCAGCAGUUGCAGAAUCAGCGUUUGAACCAACAAAACAUGCAUGACUUUUUCCCCUCCGCUCAGCAGCCUGUCGUCGUCCUCUCAAAUGAAUCCUCUCUCCCAGCUCCCCCGAAAAUCCAGGAACCGAUCAUUCAAGAUAUAACGCCGGAACCGCAGCAGCAGAGCACAGAUCCGUUACACCAGAUCCAGCCGAGCGAACCCGUGUCGCCGCAGCCGUCUCUGAGAAGGUCGCGGAGGUUGUCGAAAGAAGGGGGAGCGCCGAGCGUGGAAAAUCCGUUUCUGGUUUCCUCUUCUUCGUCAGUGGCUUCGUUUCCGGAUCAGGGCGGCCAGAUCCAAAACGGCGCGCCCACGGGUGUCAUCCAGAGCACCCGCAGGAAGAGGAGGGUGUCGCAGGAGGUCAACCUAGAGACAUUAGCGCAGAAGGCUUCAGAGAUGGAGUCGCUACCGUCCAACUUCGUCAAGGACCCUCACAGACCCUGGAGUCCUGUGGAAGAGGGGCUCAACUCAAAGCGUUCCAGAGACGAAGGCCUGGUCCCUCUGGUGAUCCCGGUCUCAGUCCCAGUCCGAAGACCGGAGUCCUCCCCAGACUCCAGGGAAGAACCAGCUCUAGUGUGGACCAGAGACCUGAGCAGAGUGGACCAUAAGCCCUCAGUAAUCGUGGCGAGGAGGAGGUCCCUCAGGAACUCCCUCUCAGACAACACAGACCAGAAUGGAGGAGUUGGGGACAGCUCACAGGACGAUGACCCUAAAAAGUCCAAACGGCGCCCUCGCCCUGAGCCUCUCUUCAUCCCUCCUCCCAAACCCACUCUGUUCAUCGCUCCACCCGUUUACUCGUCCAUCACUCCAUACCAGUCCCACCUGCGCUCCCCUGUGCGUCUGGCAGAUAACCCCCUGGCCAUGCCCCCCUACACGCCCCCUCCCAUCCUCAGCCCCGUCAGGGAGGGCUCGGGUCUCUACUUCUCCACCUUCCUCUCCUCCGCCUCCGCCAGUGUCCAGGGCCUCCCGCCCGCAACACCCAAGUCCGCCACUAGGAGUCUGCUACGAUCCAACAGUUCAGACAUAACUCCUCCAAUUUUGACGUCGAUCGGAGAGGCCACUCCCGUCAGCCUCGAGCCUCGUAUAAACAUCGGGUCGCGGUACCAGGCGGAGAUCCCGGAGCUCAGGUCGAGGGCUGCAGUGGACCAGGACCAACACAAGGCCACGCUGCUCUGGGCUCCACUCAAAGAGAUGGAGGAAAACCUUAGCUACCAACAGAAAGUUCAGGACCUGAUGCACUUGGCCUGUUCCAGUGUCUUCUCUGGAGGAGGAACCAACCAGGAGCUGGCCCAUCACUGUCUGUUCCAGUGCCGAGGAGACGUCCUGGCCGCUUUGUCGUUAAUGAUGUUGAGAAAUCCGAUUUUCCCAAAGUCUCAUCAUCUGUCCAACUACCACUACUCAGGGUCUGAUAACUGGAGCACUGCAGAGAGACGACAGUUCAACAAAGGAAUCACCGUUCACAAAAAGGACUUCUUCAUGGUCCAGAAACAGGUUUGCACUAAGACGGUGGCGCAGUGUGUGGAGUUUUAUUACUCGUUUAAGAAGCACGUGAAGAUCGGGAGGAACGGGGUUCUUCUGUACGGAGAGAUCGAACCAGAGACCAGGACCACAGAGGAGGAGCUGGACCCCAAGGGCUCCCAGCGACUCGAGGAGGACAGCAGGAAGUGGGAGGGGUCAGCUGAAAGGAAACAGGAAGUGGCCCACACAUUUCAGCCCACGGACAACAACGCCGGGACUAUUGUGAUCAGACAGGCCCAGGAGCAGCCGCCGUUCCCUCGGGUGGUCCUCCCUCCUCUUCCUCUUCCUCACAUCUCCAAACCUCGGUACGACCCACAGCCGCGGAAGCCCAGCCCCAACACCGGCCACAAGGGGGCGGCAGCGGCGCAGGAGGGAGAGUUCCCCUGUAAGAAGUGCGGCAGGAUCUUCUAUAAAGUGAAGAGUCGUAGCGCUCACAUGAAGAGCCACGCCGAGCAGGAGAAGAAGGCGGCGGCUCAGAGACAGAGAGAGGCCGAGGAGCGGCAGAGGGCAGCCACCGCCGCCCUGCUGGCACAACGGCACAACGGCACGCAGCCACAGACCGGCGGAGACAGCACCAACGACGAGUCCACAGACGGAGAGGACCAGGACGACACAGACUGGCACUGAAAUCAGACUGGCACGGGAUGGGAGGACAGAAAUCAGACUAUGAAAGGAGGACGGAAAUCAGACUACAGCGGUUAGAACGAAAAUCAGACUAUAACGAGAGGACGGAAAUGAGACUAUAACAGGAGGACGGGAGAUCAGAGGACAGGAAAUUGGUCAAAGAAGGACAGAAACCAGAUUAUAACAGGAGAACGGCAUAUCAGACUAUGAAAGGAGGACAAGAUAUGAGAGAAUUACUGAACGAGGGAGGAGGAUUAGAAAAGAGGAGACAUUUAAGAGCUUGUACAGAGAGAAAGAGAGAGAGACACUUCCCUUUGAAAACAUCAGGGAGAUUUCAUUUGUGUGUGUGAAAGAGAGAAUGAGAGAGACGGGGUUCCUACACAGAUCCUAAAUUUGCCACUGCAUAACCCACAAAUGCACCAAAACAAAAAAUAUUAUUACUACUUUAUAGAUAAAUACUGUUGAAAGUGCGUUCAUUUGAAGAGGGAAAAAGGAAAAUUUCAGGGUUGCUUCAAAAAUACACUGAAUAGGCUCGAUUCACGCUCACGGGGAGACGUUUGGAAACAUGCUGAUGACGACUUGCGGUGUAGUUUCCGACACUGGGCAUGUGAUAAAAAAAGUUAUGAUAAAAGUUAUAAAACACAAAUUAAUAUACAAUUUAUAAAAGGAAAAAGAAAGAAUACAAUCACAGAAAAACGGGCAAUUUUCUCAGUUUUCCCAGAUUUUGUCAGAGCCCAAAGGAAGUCGUCAUCCGCAUGUUUCCAAACGUCUCCCGGUUUUGUGACGUCGCCCUUUUUCAAAGCAGCAGAGAUUAAACUAAAAUUAAAUAAAAACAGUAGCAGUGUUUACAAAAGAAUCCAUAUUUGUAGAAAAAGUCUGGAAACAUGAAGAGUGUUUGAAAGGUGUUACCUUUUUUAAAACUUUUUUUUUUUACCUCUUUUUUUAUUCAUAGUCCCUGUGAUAGAACAAUCUUCAUUAACUAGACAAACAUCAACACCACAAAUUAAAUAAAAAACACAAAUAUAAACUAAAAUAUAACAAAAAUUACAACCAAAGAACAUUUUUAAAAAUUUAUUUAUAAAUAUUCUGAAAAAAUCAUCAGAGGCUUGUUUGAGAGAAAGUCUGAUGGAUCCUUCCUAUGCAGUAAAAUAAAUAAAAAUAUAUAGAAAGAAAGUAAUUAAAUAUAUGUGUAGAGCAAUAUAUAAAUGAUACAGAUUUAAUUCAAUUUUCAGUAUCUUCAGUUUGAAAAUGAAGCAAUUUCUUUGACUGCAGGUAGCAAAGCAGUUUGUACAGGUGUAGCUGUAGCAGAGCAAUAAUAAAUAUCAUUCUGUUAUUAAUAAUAUUGUUUUAAAUAUAUAGUGGGGUAAACGUGAGAGUUCUAAUGGAACUAGAAAGACUGUCACGCACUGUUAUGCUCUAUUUAUUUUCUAUUGGUCAAGUUACACAAAGAAAAGCUUUUAUUCAAUAGUGACACAAAAGCGUGUUCUAAAAACAAAUUAAAUGCACUUCUGUUACUGUAACUUUUUUAUAUUAAAAUGAUCAUCAUUAUUAUUACUAUCUGCACUAAUCUGCAUAAAUAAAUUCAACUUUACGACAUAUAAACCGCAACGACUCUAGAGCCACAUCAGCCCGUUUGACAUUAUAACGUGUUUAAUUCAUUUUAGCGCAACUCUCACAGAAACAAAACUUAAAACCACAUCGCUAAUUUGCAUAAACUCAGCGAAGAUAAAACUACAGCUCUUGUGUCGCUGAUGUGGUUCAACUUCUGUCGGAUUAAAAGACAUGACUCAGUGGAAUACAGGUUAGUGUGAGCAGAUUUGUGUUUGUCAAACCAGGACACCGUACGGGGGGAGGGAGGUGGGGACUCAUCAUCGACAUUGUGCGACUCUCACCUGGUAAAACUUUUUCCCACUGGACACCGAAACAUAUGUGCUGCUUUAUACACUGUGCACAUGGACUCACACUUGUCCCGAACGCAACGGAAAGCCUGGAAUUUCUUGUACAAAUCAUCGUUAAAUACACAUUUGUGCUUCGGUACGUUACAGACUGACCUACUGUUUGUGUCUCGCUCCUUCUGAUGCAGAGACACAUGUACACACCUGUUUGGUCACACUACACACAGCAACCUACAUUCGGUUUGUCGAUUAAAAUUAACGUAAUCGAUGAAAUUCUUAAUGAUCAAUUAUCGAUUAAUCGAUUAAUCAUGCCCAUCCCUAAUUCUGACUGUGAGCGCAGUCUCCUCUUCACAGAUCUGACCUGUAACUUCUUCUGGUUUGAGCUCUAUUAGAGCUGCUCAGUUAUGGAAAAAAUAAUGAUCACGAUUAUUUUUGGUCAAUAUUGAAAUCACAAUUAUUCAAACGAUUAUUUUUUUAGUUACACGAUGCAUUUAUUCAGCAUUUCUCUUUCAAAAAACACUUUGUUAUUGAUAAUUUACACAAAACGUUAGAUUUAAAAAAUAAAAUGAGAACACUUAUUUAUAUAAAAAAUAUCCCAAAAUAAACUUUAAACUUCGAUUAUAUGAGUUUGGAGAUCGUUUGACACACAAAUCGAAAUCGCGAUCAAAAUUUUAACAAGUUUAACAAGACCACACUGAAACAUUCCAGACAAGGCAAUUAUCAUCUCCGUGGAGAAAAGCGUCUGACAGAGCCUCCACCGGAAAAGUUACACAAUGCGGCUUUAAAACACAGAAAACAACAGAAAGGACAGAUGAAUUCUUAUAUAUUUUCUGUCUUUUUGCUCAGAAAUAUUGACUGGACGUGUGUGUUAAAGGUCCGAGUAUGGAUCUGUGUGGGAGCCCUGCUGUGUGACUGGUGUGUGUGUGUGUGUGUGUGACUGGUGUGUGUGUGUUGUGGGAGUGUUGAUCUAUUUUCCCCUUUACUCAGAAUCUUACAUUUUACCUCUUCAUCCUCCUCCUCCUCCUCUUACAGGGCUCUGAACUAAAACAAAAACGCAAAAUAAGCCAUGUCUCCUCAUCUCCUUUUCUUCCUCUUUUCUCUUCUCUUGCUCUCCUCUUUCUCCUCCUCUUCCUCACCUCCUCCUCUUCCUCUCUUCUUCUCCUCCUCUCUUCCUCCUCUCCUUAGAAGCACUUUGGUCAUUUUCGCUUCGACGCCACGGACUACCAAGAAUCCUUUAAACUUUUCAAAAAAAGUUGAGCCACGAAUUUGCAUUUUAUUAUCAUUAUUUUAUUUCGUUCGUUGCUUUUUGAAGCUGGAAACGUUGAUACACAAAACUGGACGUUUAUUUGGGGGCUGUUUUUUGCGAAAUCCGUGUCCGACUUUGCGCAUGAUACUUGUUUAUUGUGAACUGUUCUAUGCUUUUUUUAAAUCUUUCUAUCCGAGACAAUCAAUUUUACACUGUUUUUAUAGACUUUCAGCUUGUGUUGCGUUACGUGAAAUUUCAAUGUUUAUUAUUAUUACUGCAUAUUGUUAUUAUUAUUAUUCUAUUAAUAUUAUAUUCUACGUUUUGGCUGCGAUUUGCUGGUUUAUUUAAGCGGAAAUAAUGCAUUUUGCUGCCUGUUAAUUACUGUGACUUUUACAUGAAGAAAUGUCAGGUUGUACAAUGUGCAAUAGAACAAACUCUCCUCAAAUCCACUUUAACAGUCCAGGGUUUCUGCGCAAUCAUUUGGACUAAUGAGCCACAAUGAAUAGAUAGAGUAGAACAAUAUAUAUCUAAAAAUAUGGGCAAAUAAGAGAUGGUAGCCUGUACAAAGUAUUUGGAUAGUACAACUUUGGAGUUAAAGGUUCUAGUGAGAUUUCAGUCAUGUUCUAAUGUUGUUACCUCUUUAAAAACAUACUCAAGAGUUGUGGUUUGUUUCAUUCAAACAUGUUUGAAUAACUUUUUAUUAUUAGGGAUGUAACAAUAUCCGAAAUAUCGUGAUAUCGUAUCGUCAAAAAACCCACAAUAAUAUCGUCGAUCAUCAAAAUAUAUCGAAUCACAAGUGUAUUCGCUUAAAUUUAUUAUUAUGGUGCAUCAAAAACAGAUCUUACAAGAUUUUCCAUCUUUAGUGACAAAAAUACAUUUCCCAUUCAUUUUUCCCAUAGAUUUUCAAAGAUAAAACUAUUAAAAUGUACAUAAUUUACCAAAUUAGAAGUUUUAGUGCCUUUAGGACUAGAAACAACAGCUUUAUGGACAUUAUUUAGUGCUCCCUUGAGAUUUUAAACUCUUAAUAUAAUAUUUGCAUUAUAAUAAAAGUCUAUGGGAAAAUGCACUUCUGGAACCGGAACAUGUUCUAAUGUUGUUACUUCCUCAAAAACACACUGGAGUUGUGUUUUGUUUCAUUCACAUGUUUGAAUAACUCUUUAUUAUUAGGGAUGUAACAAUAACCGAAAUAUCGUGAUCUCGUAUUGUCAAAAAACCCACAAUAAUAUCGUCGACCAUCAAAAUAUAUCGAAUUAUAAGUGUAUUCGCUUAACAGAUCUUGUGGCGAUUUUUAUCUUACAAGAUUUUCCAUCCUUAGUGACUGCCCAUUACACAAAUACAUUUCCCAUUCAUUUUUCCCAUAGAUUUUCAAAGAUAAAAACUAUUCAGUCAUAAGUAUUUCACCAAAUUAUAACUUUUAGUGCCUUUUGGAAUAAAAACAACAACUUUGUGGACAUUAUUUAGCACUUCUCACAUCUCAUUAGUAUCCCUUGGGAUUUUAAAAUCUUACUGUAAUAUUUAAAUUAUAAUAAAAGUCUAUGGGAAAAUGAAUAGGAAAAUGCACUUCUGGAACUGGAACACGUUCUAAUGUUGUUACCUCCUCAAAAACACACUGGAGUUGUGUUUUGUUUCAUUCACACAUGUUUGAAUAACUCUGGGGAUGUAACAAUAACCGAAAUAUCGUGAUAUCGUAUCAUCAAAAAACUGGGCCAUCACAGCAUAUCGAAUCACAAGUGUAUUUCUUUACAUUUAUUGUUGUGGUAGAGCAAAAACAGAUCUUGUGGUGAUUUUGUUUCACAAGAUCUUCCAUCAUUCGUGGCUGCCCAUCACAAAAUUCUCAAUUCUCAAAUAUCGAAUCACAAGUGUAUUUUCUUAAAUUCACUGUUAUGGUGCAGCAAUUGCUAAAAAGCAAAGGGAACUACAAAGACCAUGAUCCUUUGUGUUGUUUCAGUCCAAUCUACAGGUUGAAAUAAUGCUUAUUAAUCAUUUUUAAAUCUUAAUUAUUUGGAUUAUGACGAGAGAAAAGUAGCAUAUUCACUUUUUUUUUUUUGAUAUUUUACAUAAAAUAUCGCAAUAAAUAUCAAACUAUGAGAUGCAUAUCAUAAAAAUAUCAUAUUAAGAGAAUUGAAUAUUGUUACAUCCUUAUUUAUUAUUAGUCUGUCUACAUCUCUAAAGCUCAAAAUGCUCUGUUCCACUUUGUGAUGUCAUGAAGCGGUAGUUUUCAAGUUAACAGCUCCUUCUUCCUUUUUGUUUCAUAGAGAUUGGAGAUUCUAGGACUGAAAUGAUCCAGUGAUUCUAGUGAAGUUGUAUGCAGUUUAAAAACACAAUGGAGCACUUCCUGGAUCACCACAUGACAUCACAAGUUGGAAUGGAGUGUUUUCAGUUUUUGAGAAGAAUUCUAUAUAACUAAAUGUGCAGAGUUUGUGUGUUAAACAUGUGUGAAUGAAACAAAAACACAACUCCAGAUCUGUUUGUGAUGAGGAAACGACAUUACAACACAAAUCUGAAAAUAGUUUAAUAUGGGCCAUUUUAAAGCAAGUUUACGGGAAUACAAGAUCAGGAGUCUAACCCACAACCUCCUUUACACCGAGAGGAGAAGAGUGUGCCACAGUAACGCAGGGAGGGCAUCAGAGGUAAAGUAACUCCAAAGUUACAGUUGUACUUUCUACAGGCGUUACUUUCUCUUGAAUAUUAGACUGUAAAUAUCUGAAUUCCUAUAAGACACGUCGAGUCCAGAUUGGAACUUUUAGCAUCUCAAACAAAUAUGUAGGUAUUAUUAUUAUUAUUACAAUAUAUGGUCAAAUUGUAUAUUUAAAGUUGCCAAAUAGAAAAUGGUGAAGACGGCUUUUGUUUUUUUCCACACGGCAGCCAAUCAGAAAGCAGCAUUAUCUUACGAAAUGGGUGGACGAGAUACAAGACAAGACGAGAUUUUAACAGAAUUUCUGAUCUAUACAUUUCACGAUUCCAGUUUUGGCUUCACAAUUUGUUUUGUUUAUUUGAUUUUAUAGUUUUGUUUCCAUUCUAGAACUGCUUUUUGGAACUGUAAGGGACGUAACUCACCAGCACGUAACUGUUUUUUUGUCUGAUCUAAAUGAAAACACUUACACACAAGAUAAUUUUUCUGAUGUGUGCACGAUCUUGUAUCCCGAGAUCUUCCAUCUCGAGUGGCUGCCCAUCACAAAAUUCUCAAAAAGUACAUUUCCCAUUCAUUUUUCCCCAUAGAUUUUCAAAAUAAAAAACUAUAAAAACAUACGUAUUUCACAAAAUUAUACGUUUUAGUGCCUUUUGGACUGGAAACAACUGCUUUAUGGACAUUAUUUAGCACUUAUCUUGUUAGUCUCCGUUGGGAUUUUAAAAUCUUAACGUAGUAUUUGAAUUAUAAUAAAAGUCUAUGGGAAAAUUUAUGGCAAAAUGCGCUUUUCUUGUAUUAAAGAUGCACUGUGUAACUUUUUAGGUUGGGGAUCUGCUGCCUGGUUCUUCAUGGAGAUGUAAUGGUUUUGCCUGGAAUGUUCCACAAUAUGGCAUUGAGCUUCUGCUAGUAUAUCCCACAUUGAGUCAAUUAUAGUUGUUUUAAUUGCUCAGAAAUACCUUAAAAAAUUAAUUCUUACACUGAGUGGCAUCACCUCUCCGCAGAUCUGACUUGUAUAACUUCAGUCAUUUGCUUAUGUCGUUUUUAUGGCUGAAAAAUAUUGUAAAAAUAUAUGCAUUUUUACACUUGGUGGUGUCAACUCUCCGCAGAUCUGACUUGUAACUUCAGUCAUUUGCUCAUGUUGUUUUUAUGACUGAAAAAUACCAUUAAAAAACACAUUUUUACACUGAGUGGAGCCACCUCUCCGCAGAUCUGACUUGUAACUUCAGUCAUUUACUUGUAGAUGCAUAUUGUGGAACUUUCCAGGUAAAGCAAUAACAUCUCCAUGGAAACAAGCAGGUGUCAAACUCCAGCAGAAAAGUUACAAACAACACACCGAUAAUAUUUGAAUUUUAAAGCUUUCUGUUGUAGUUUUUUGAGAGUAUUAUACCGUAAAUUGUUCCAAAAUGUACAAUAAUAACAGCUUCAUGUCCGUUGUGCUUUCUGAUCGGCUGCCGAACAUCAAAAAUCAAAUUAAUGUAACUGUUGAUACGAAACCAGGGCCUAUGCAGUGAAUGUGGACUUUGUUAUGAACUUGUUGUGUGCAUGUUUCUGGACAGUUUCCUUCUCUUGAGCUGUUCCCGUUCUGUAUGUUUUAUUUAUAUUUUUACACUUGUUUUUAAGGGGAAUUGUCACAAAAGACUGCGCUGGUUUAAGGGAACUCUUGUGAAAAGUUCGUUAUUCUUUCGCUAACGUCAGAUUUGUAUCGACUGAAUGGUUUCUAUGAUAUUUUCGUACCGGGGUCAAACUAAAGAGGAGCGGACAGGCUUUUUACAACAGUGUAAUUUAUUGUUUUGGUUUUUAUCACCUGAACGUGUUUAGUAACUAUGAAGCACUGUAUAUUAAAGUUUUAAAUAUUACAAAAAAAAAAAAAAAAACUCAUCUGUG